AUGUCCCCUCCCAUAGACGACUCCAUGCCAACGAGGAUAUCCUCCGACUGCCCCCAAGACACGCGCGACGUCUUAUACCACGCUUGGGCCCACGACCUCUCCGACCUCAAAAAGCUCCUCGACGUCCCAGGCAAAGCCAGCGCUCAAGAUCCCCAAACUGGCGAAACCCCUCUCCACGCCGCCAUUCGCGCAUGCGGUCCCGCCGACCCGGACUCCAACGAUCCUGAACAAGGCGAAGACGGCUGCGUGGAAGAAGCAAGCGCAGUCCUACAGGAACUCUUCUUCUCGGGCGCUAUCUGGAACGAUGUCGACAGCAACGACGAAACCCCCGGCUGCGUGGCCCAUCGGCUGGGCCGCAAAGCCUUGUACGACAUGUGCGUAGACGCCGGUGUCCGCGCCGAGCUGCUCUUCUCCCUCAUGGACGGGUACGAAAAGCUUUCAUCGGCCUCAGACGCCGAAGUCAAUGUAGACGACGACGACGACGAGGGUGCUGCCCCGGUCGAGCAAGACGGCGACGCAAUAGACACCACCGGCGACCAAGCUCGUCCGCAAGACCCGCCACGCUUCAUCCCCCCCGGCGCGGGCGAGAAACCCGUCACCGUCACGAGCGACGGGUACUUAUCCUCCCAGAUAACCUACGACUCCUCCAAGCUCCUCGACGCAGACUUGAACGGCGUCAUGAUGUCCUGGGAGACCGACAUCAUGGCCCGCUCCGUCGCCGCCCUCCUCCCAGGGCCCCAAGUCCAGACCGGCAAGCGCAUCCUCAAUAUCGGCUUCGGAAUGGGCAUCGUCGAUGGCAUGUUUGCCCAGACAAACCCGUCCCGCCAUCACAUAAUCGAAGCACACCCCUCGGUACUACGGCACCUCUCCCAGCCGGACUCCGGCUUUGGCAAAGACUGGGAGAGGCGCGGUCCCGACGAGGGCGCCUACAAGGUCUGGCCUGGAAGGUGGCAGGACAUUGUGCCCCAGUUACUGGAUCAAGGCGAGGUAUACGACGCCAUUUACUUUGACACCUUCGGCGAGGAUUACUCGCAGCUUAGGCUGUUCUUCAUGGAGUAUGUGCCGGGAUUGAUGGACCGCGAGGGCAGAUUUAGCUUCUUCAACGGACUGGGCGCCGAUAGGCAGGUCUGUUAUGAUGUUUAUACAAAGGUAGUCGAGAUGCAUGGGGCAGAUGCAGGUCUGGAUGUAGAAUGGGAGGUGAGUGAUGUUGAUAUGAAAGGACUGAAGGAGGAUGGGAAGGGCCAGUGGGAAGGAGUGCGGAGGCGAUAUUGGACGCUGGAUAAGUACCGUCUGCCUGUGUGUACAUUCAUGGGAUGA